GAAGGUCCUCGCGGCAACCAUUUCGUUCUGUGUCCUCGCCUCGGCUGCGAUCACUCCCGCCACCAGCAAACAAGUUCCGAAGGGCUUUGUUACAACCAAGGGUGCAGAAUUUGAACUCGAUGGGAAGCCUUUUGCUUUUGUCGGAGCCAAUUCCUACUGGCUGCCGCUGCUGACCACGAAGUCUGAUGUGAAAUCCACUUUCAAGCAGAUGAAAGCUGCCGGUGUGAAAGUGGUCCGCACUUGGGGAUUCAACGCAAUCAACGGAUCCGAACUGGCCGGGGCUGUUGAUUCGGGUUUGACAUACUAUCAGGUCUGGAACAAUGGGAAUUGGACUCUCAAUGAGAACUCGCAAGGCCUGGAACGUCUCGACUACGUGGUGGAGGUCGCGAAAGAGGUGGGAAUCAAACUGAUACUUGCCUUCACGAACAACUGGGUCGGGUAUGGCGGUCUCGAGCUGUAUAUCGACCACUUCGCUCCAGGAUCAAGCUUCCACGAUGUGUUCUACACCAACCCCAAGAUGGUUGCAUCAUAUCAGUUGUAUGUUAAGACCAUCGUCAACCGCUAUAAAAGCUCCCCGGCGAUCUUUGCAUGGGAAAUGAUGAACGAGGCCCGCUGUCUCGGAGAUCUGCCCGCGAGCCCAAACUGUUCGGCAAUUACCGGCACGCUGGCGAAAUGGUACAGGUCGCAGUCUGAUUAUAUCCGCAGCUUGGACCCGCAUCAUCUUAUCACCACUGGCGGCGAGGGCCACUUUUACUGGAAAGAUCCUCAGUAUGCGUCUGACUACAACUUCAACGGGCAAGCAGGGGAAGAUUUCGACUUGGAUCUGACACUGCCCAACGUCGAUUUCGCAACUUACCAUAUGUAUCCUCAGACGUGGUAUCCCAACCUUGAUCACCCUGGCUCCAACUUCACAGUAGAAUCUUGGGGCUUGUUUUGGAUGGAGUCUCACGUGAAUGCGGCGAAAAAGGCUGGAAAGCCCUUGGUUCUGGAAGAGUUUGGUCUGCUGGGACUCGAGAAUAAAACGACGAUCUAUCCCACGUGGGUGAAGUACGCCCUGGACUCUAAGCACGGAGGGAUCAUGCCGUGGCAAUUCGGUGCACUGGGGCUGACUGAGGAUGGUGGAAACCGAGCGAUCAAAUAUGCUGAUGCUCUCAUCGACGGCGCCAGUCCCAAUGACGGCCUGGCCUUCUACCGCAACGAAACGGUCUGGAAUACCUUCACGAAUGCCGCCAAAGUUCAAGAUGCGCGAUGACCGCGACGAAUCAAAUAUGCAACUAUAAAUACACGAUUUGCGGACGAGAUAUCUCAGAUAAAACCUGCAUUUUGUUAUGGCACGAGGAGGAGCGAAGUUGCUGCAGUUCCACACGCACCCAAAAGUGGUCAGCUUCGAUUGGUUAUUGUUACGGUUGUUGUUGUCCCCGAGAAGAGGCUGGUUGCCUGACAUCGGACGUCGUCCCAGGCGCGGACUCUUUUGCAUCAGGAUGAGACCAGAUCGUCGGAAGCAAUGGCUGGGUACUUGCGAUAGCUGUGCCUUCCUAGGCAUGGGUGAAGCGGACAGCUGCUUCAUUGUAUACUGGUAUGUUAGGCCAGCCGUGAGGACCUUGUAGCCAAGACAUCAGAUUGCUUUUCUCAUUUCGAGCACGAGACAGCUUGCAACCAGAGCGACGUCUUGCCCGUGUUCUAAUCGUAAACUAGAGCCCGCCGGUCCGGUCAAGCGUAGUGCGUCCGGGGUGUCGUUUAGCAACUCGAACAGGAUCUCGUAUGCGACGGUGGUCACAGGCAUGGGAGAGGGGGAGCGAUUUCAUUGUCAAGAGUCAUGGCGGCUGCCUUUAACCGUCCAAAUCUGCUUCGGAUUCGGAGGUGUGUGAAUUUGGGGAACGGAUCAGCGCACCUCGCCUAUUGUUCUAAUUGUCUUCUCCAAACUGAGAACCGGACAACGUCUUUUGAAUACCCACGCGCAAUGCUGCGUACAAGGCAUGUCUCGACCACGGUUCGAACAAUGGCCGCAUGGUAAGUAAGUACUGGAAGUAAGCUCAUGUCCGAUGAGACGAAUUAUCCUGCCCUACGCCAGGUCGCCAAAAAGAGCUAAACACGCUCCCUGCUCUUUUUGUCCCACUUCACGAUACUUACAGGGGCUCGGGUCGAACAAUUAUAGAGAUGUCGGUAGAGAUUGUACAGUCCUUGUCACAAGCGAUGAAUAACAGGUUAAAAUGGAGAUCCAAAGAUGGCAGAGAGAGGCUUCAUGAAGUCGAGCUUGAGAUCUUGGUACCGAUAUGUCAAUCUCAGAACCCCCACCUAAACUCGAAGAAAGCUCUCACCCAGACACAACAUAUCUUUGCCAGCCUCGGUGAAUCCACGGACGGCGAUAGUAAAUUUGGCUUGGUGAUGAUCAAGCGACGGUCCAGCCAGCCAACCAGCCAGAAGGACUCACUUUGAGGGAUCUCCUUCGGCAAAGCCACGGUUUGCUCCAGAACAUGGAAUCCUGUCUCGACGGGGCAGUUGAUCGUCAUGUUGUUGCUCCGUGCCUCCUCGCAGACGUCAAAGGUUUUUUGCAGCAGCUUGAUCCGACCAAGCUUGACCGUUACAUCUGCAGAGGCACCAUCCGUUAUUGGCUCCGUAACAUAUGCGGACGCCUUGACCGUGAGGUCUUGUCCAGGAAGGGGUGGGUCGGGGAAGAGUUCCAACGACUCCAGUUGGAUAGCACCCGAGCUGCCGCAAUCAACGUACUCCCAGGAUGCCGCGUGCGUGACCCCAAGAAAGAGAAAGAGGAACAAGUACAGUGAGACUCGAGACAUGACGAGCCUGGGGGAGGAUGUGGUACAAUGACAAGUGUGAUGCAGAUCAAUUGAUUCGCACAGCCGCUAACUGCGCCUCUUUCUCCACCCACCAUGAAAUCCCGCGAAUAUUGCUGCUGUGCCAUUCCUCUAGUGAAUGCUGGCAUUUAUCUCGCCUUGUUCACCCAAAUCGUGACCGGCGCUCUUGUCGGUGUUCUUUCCUUUGCGACUCCAACCAUCGUUGGCGCUGCUACUCCUUCGUUUGCUUCUACGGUGCUGGGCAUCAUCUGUCUCGUCGCGGCAGGAAUCCAAUUGCUAGGUGUGAUUGGAGAAACCUACGCUCUUCAGAAGAUAUGUCACAUUGCACGGGUUGUUGCAACCGGUGCCUUCUCUGUCGCGCUUGCAUGGAUCAUCCUCUCUGCUACCCGCCACUCCACUGCGCAGUCAAAUUGCGAAACAAGCUUCUUCUCCAAUGUCAGCACGGAAGCCAAGUCUGAAGGACAGAUCUUGUGCAACAUAUUCCCGUGUAUAUAUCUUUACUCGGUCGCAAGCGGAUACAGCUCUAAUCAAGAGAGGGAUCAUGACAACUUCAACUCCCUGGGGUCGACGACAAAUAUCGCCAUGAACGAUCGGAGCUACCCGGUCGAUGUUCCCCAACAAUCUCAUGGGGGAUAUACUCAUCUGCGGAAGGAGAGCGCAGCUAGCAUGUCGGAUGUCCUUGCCGAGCCUGUACAGCAUGCGAGUGACAGCUAUUCGCUCGGUCGCGAGGGCUCGUAUCCACCUCGGAAUCCACCUAGCGCGUACCUAGAAGAUAAAGAUGAGUCCCCGACGCCACGGAUGGGACAGACCUACUACGACAAUGAUCAUGCUGGUCUCGAACAGCCUGCGUAUGCCCAAGCCCAUCCUGGUCUCGUGAUCCCGUCGUCCCAGCAUCCAGGCGUGCUGGAUGAGAUCUCGUCCCUGCAGGCGGCCAAUUCGUCUUUGCUGCGCUAUCCCACAGCUUUUACUCAAGGAAUUGUGCCAAAGCAGAUUCACUCCCACAAUGAUUAUUGGCGUGAAGUGCCUUUGCUGACCGCGCUGAGUCUCGGUGUCGCGAGUGUCGAAGCCGAUGUCUGGCUCGUCAACGGAACUCUCCACGUUGGACACGAACAAGCGGCUCUCACAUCGAACAGAACUUUUGAUUCUCUCUACAUCGAGCCUUUGGUGGCGAUCAUCGAGGCCCAGAAUCCCAAGAAUGCCUUCACGGACUCUAUCGCUGAACGGAUCCACAGUGGAGUCUUUGAUACUUCGAGCGGAACAAGCAUCCAGCUUCUUAUCGACAUGAAGACCGAUGGGCCAAGCACGUUGCCCGCCGUGCUCAAGGCUCUCGGGCCGCUGAGGGACCGCGGGUACCUCACCACGUGCCACUCGAAUGGAAACUGUACGUCCUCCGCGGUAACAGCCAUCGGAACGGGCAACACACCGCUCGCCGGAAUUCUCGCACUCACAUCCCGGGAUGUCUUUUUCGAUGCACCUUUGACUGGCAAGUGCUCUCAACGCGACAUUUACCCCGCUGUUUCCCCCACUGCGAGCACAGAUUACCAGACUGCUGUUGGAUGGUCCGGUUUGGGCAACAUCUCUGCUAGCCAACUGUCCGCUAUCCAAACUCACAUCGGUAACGCACACGGUCUGGGAAUCAAAGCACGAUUCUGGGACACUCCGGGGUGGCCAAUUCGCGCCAGAAACAAUGUCUGGGACGUUCUGAUAGACAACGGCGCAGACUGGUUAAAUGCAGAUGACUUGCAGGCGGCUUCAAACCAUUUCUAA